CACCUCUAUGUCAAAUGUCAAUCACGAAACAUCAAAAUAUGUGAAUGUAAAUAAAUAUUAGAACCAAAAUAUUAUUAUUAUAUCUUUGAAUAGACCCCUGAGACAAGAUAACAAUUGUCUCUGUUUUACGGAUAUUUUUCAAUUGGAAUUAAUUGAAUUGAACUUCAGUAAAAUGGUAUGCGAAAAGUGCGAAAAGAAAUUAGGUAAAGUUAUAACACCUGAUCCAUGGAAAAGUGGAGCACGAAAUACUACUGAAGGUGGUGGAAGAAAAGUAAAUGAAAACAAAGCCUUGACCGCGAGUGUUAAUAGAUUUAAUCCAUACACUAGCAAAUUCGCAACAUGUAGGAUAUGUCGACAGAAAGUACAUCAAGCAGGAUCACAUUAUUGCCAAGCUUGUGCUUAUAAAAAAGGAAUUUGUGCUAUGUGUGGAAAGAAAAUGCUGAGUACUAAAAACUACAGGCAAUCUUCUGCAUAGUAUGACUUUGUUUUAUAAUCUAUUGACUAUAUAGGGAUCAAAGGAAUAUUCAUGUUCGAUAUUUAGACUUUCAAGUUAUUUUUAAUUUGUAUAUUUGUUACCAAUAAUCUAUAUGGAUAAUACCAACAAUUGUUAUGUGAUUGAAUUCAAAAUAAUGUCUUCUAAUUUAAACCUAAUGAAUAUCAACCUACACCACUGGA